GGGAGUAUGUAGUUGAUGUAUACACUACAAGCCAUCGAUGGAUACAGACGACUGCCAGUUGAUGUUUAUUUGAAUUGUGUUGUACCAUUAGGAUAUAUUAUCCCAAUGUAGGCUAAUGGGGUGAGAUACUUUGUUAUUGUUUUUCAUUGUUGAUCAUUUCAGUGGAAAAGGUGAACCGAAAGUUAUAAUGGGUUUUAUUUGCCAUGUUAAUCUGUCAAGUGCUGUGAUUUGCUUGUCUUCCACUGAAAAGCGUAUUCACGGUGCCACCAUUUCGAUUGAGAAACAGUCAAUUUGGACCACAAAGGAGUUUUAUCGCAUGAUCACUCACCAUGCAUGGAGCCUUAUUCCAUCGAUAACAUUGCAUGGGUUAUGAGAAUGGAGCCCUGAUAAGGACCAAAACUAUUAUUCGGUUGGCAAUGCAAGGGCGCGUGGUCUCAAUUACUAUGCAAGGUAGGUGUGUAAAUUGGUGUGCAGGAUAAACGUGGUGUUUAGGGGGGACUGACGGUGAACUCGCUUUAAUGCAAAGGUCUAGCUGUGAUUUAGGAGGCUUUGUAACCUGAAUUAGUUGAUGAAUUUUCUAUCGAUCCUAAACAAGCCUAGAUUCAUCUCCGACAGCCUUCUGCUGCACGCAGCGCACGCCAGUGCAUUCUCUCACCAUUAUUGGGGAGUGCAUUUAAAAGCUUGGCAAGAACGAGCACACGGCAUCACUUUUCCCAGCCCUUGUUUUCAAAAGCUCCAGCCAAAAGAAAAAAAAAUAGUGAGUGAAUAUGGCUUAACUAUCAAGCUUAGGACGCAUCUCGGUUCUUGUUUAUGUACUGUAUCACGAAGUGGACAGGUGAGGGGGUUGGUUAGUUGAUCUGCUCUGUAGACGUUUGGAAACUCCGGUGGUAUGUAUUUCUGGCGUGUCUGCUUCAGGUUGUUAUUGUUUUGAUUCGUGCUUUUCGCGAGCGUGCUAGUGUGCAAAAAAGUAUGCAACAUUCGGAUGCCACAAACUAUGCCCAGAUGAUGUGCGGGUAUGGCUAAUCCUAUUUCCUUAUCCGGGAAUCGUCAGGAUCCACGCCAUUGGCUCCUGCUGUCACAUGGAUUCUUAACUUUGUUCAUUUGACAGAAAGUAGGAGGGUUCUACGAAACAGGAAAACGAGUAAAGCGAUAGAUAUAAAUUUUAGUAUAUUUUGUGUGCAAUUCAAAGAAAUUAAUGGCCAUGAGUUCCUAUUUGAUCAACUCAAACUAUGUGGACCCCAAGUUUCCACCCUGCGAGGAAUAUUCACAGAAUGACUACCUACCCAGUCACUCUCCGGACUACUACAGCGCCCAGAGGCGAGAGCCUGCUUUUCAGAAUGAGUCGAUCUACAACCAGCGGUCAGGCUGCGCCGACCCGCCUUACACAACGUGCCAGGGUCCGGGGCAGCCCACGGUGGUGAUAUCUCCACGGGGUCACGUCCUCCCCCCAGCCGGACUCUCAACCCCUGUCCCGGAGCCUAGCCACCAUUGCGACUCCGUAACUCCAAGCCCUCCACCCGCCUGUGGCCAGAAUCCCCUCAACCAAAGCCCUUCCACGGCCAGCUCUCGCAAGGAUCCCGUGGUUUACCCCUGGAUGAAAAAAGUCCACGUAAACAUCGUGAAUCCAAAUUACACAGGGGUGGGUGAGCCCAAGCGCUCGCGGACAGCCUACACGCGACAGCAAGUCCUGGAGCUGGAGAAGGAGUUCCACUACAAUCGCUAUCUGACCCGGAGACGCAGAGUGGAGAUCGCCCACACCCUGGUUCUGUCCGAGCGCCAGAUCAAAAUCUGGUUCCAGAACCGGCGGAUGAAAUGGAAGAAAGACCACAAGCUGCCCAACACAAAGAUCCGCUCCAACAAUAACUCCAACAACACAAACUCGCAAAGCAGCGGGCUCGCGUUGGGGAGUUCUCAGAACCGAACCAGCGGGCCUCCACCGAGCCUAUAGCCUCCACCCUCCCCUAACCAUCCACCACCCACCCACCAUGCACUUUGAAACCUCCGUUUCUGGAGUGGGAUACAUGGAUUCCCCCAUGUUUUUACCUCCCCUCUUUAAUUCAAUUACAGGGAUAGAACAUGUGGGGGGGAAAGAGAAGGGGGAGUAAAAAACGAAAAAGAGUAAAUGUGUAUCUCAAAAAAUGUAGAAGGGGAGACGAUUCAAACACAAACACUUCCAAUGAUGUGUUCACAACCUGAUCCAGUUCCCUUUUUUAUCCCGUGCCCCUCUCCUACUCUCUCUAUCUCUCUCUCUCUCUCUCUCUCUCUUUCUCUCUCCCCCUCCAUUAGAACAGAAGGCGGCAGAUACUUUUCAGAUUUGGUGAAGAUGGAUCCGUGUUUCAUCUUUAAUCAUGCCAAACUCGGCCCCAUUUGUCAUGUUUACUCUGCAGUACAAAGGAUGAACCGUGGGCCUGCCCAUUACCUCGACGUCCAACGUUGUGUUUAAUAAAUGAGCCCUCUUGUUUCGUCAAGAGCCGUUUUCUUACUCCUUUUUCCUCUCCUCAAUACUAAAAAAUACACCGAAUAUGUUCUCCGAACAUGAAGUUUUUUGUAAGAGAAAAUAUAGCUGAAUCUCAGUUAUAUUCUAUGUUUAUAUAUUAAGACUGACAACGAUUGUGAGGUCCGUUGCUAGUUCAUUUAUACAGGGACUCGUUUUUCCUUCUUUGUUUCUAGCAAAGACAGGGUGCAUUUGAACAAAAGAUGGUAAAUCACGGUAUUAACAAAGGACAGUCGUCGCAGUGGAAUGAUAGAGCUGGACUUAUAGAAUACUUACAUAUAUGAACCAAAAUCUGGUGCAAACCUACCUAAGCAUUAUAAACACAGCACUACAAUGUACUACCUAGCUAUUAUAAUUACCUCAGUUGUACUUAUGUUCAUUAUUUUCUUGCCUUGUGUUAUGAAGUGACAGGUUGAGCUCAUUUGAAUUGUGUGGCAAGUAUCUGCAAUACGAACAUAUUCAUUUCUUGUAAGUGAAAUGUAAUUUAAGCAAUUUUGUUGGCCAGGGUUGUAAAGAGAAAAAGGUGCGUAUAUUGCAUGACUGAAUACACAUUUAUUUGAUAUUUUAUCUUUCUCUGUCUGGUAUCCUUUCUUGGCACAAACAUGCGCACACACUCCCUCUUUCUUUCGCCCUCUCUCUCUCUCUCUCGCUUUCUUCUCACCAUGUGCCGUUUUGGGUAUUUUAUUUCUAUGUGUUCUUUUUCUUUACAUUCCAAAGAUCAGUCCUGUCGCUGAUAAUGUCGACAUUUUUGUUUUUUCUUCCUCCAUAUUUGAAUGUUGCUCUUUUUCUGCUCUUACUCCUCAGUGUCUACCUAUUAUUUGUAAAUAGCUAUAGAAAUGUAAUAAAUGGCUGAAAAAGCAUCCAUCUA